AUGCGGGCAACCAGAAGCUUGCAGGAGCAGCACGCUCCGCGCCACACUGGUGACGAUGAAGGCACCGUUCUUGCUGACAACAAAUGCAUGUGUACCCGAGUUACUUCUAGGAUCAUCCGUUCUGCCGAAGAUCCUAAUGAGGACAUUGUGGAGAGACACAUCCGAAUUGUUGUCCCUUUGAACAACAGGGAGAAUAUCUCCGAUCCCGACUCCCCACUGAGAAGGAACUUUGUAUACCAUUUGUCAGAUGUCUGUAAGAAAUGUGAUCCUGUGGAAGUGGAGCUGGAAGAUCAGGUUGUUACUGCCACCCAGAGCAAUAUCUGCAAUGAAGACAAUGGUGUUCCUGAGACCUGCUACAUGUAUGACAGGAACAAGUGCUACACCACUAUAGUCCCACUUAGAUAUCGUGGUGAGAUCAAAAAGGUGCAAGCAGCCUUGACCCCUGACUCUUGCUACCCUGACUAGUUUGAGUCACUUGCCACUCAGCUCUUUGUCUUUAGAGGCUCUCCAUUUGCACCCAGAACUUAUCUCACUGCUAGUGAAUUUGAAACCAGGAUUUUUUUUCAUGGUAUAAAACUAACCUUCCCUUUCAAUAGAAUAUCAGCAUUGCUGUCACUAUUAUGUAAUUCUUUCUCAAUUCUAAGUAGUAAAUCCUCAUGCCUGCUCAAGGAGGUAUGUUUAAGAGUACAUUUUCUAGUUUUUAAAAUUGUAAGCUAGGGGAGAAAGUAAAAUUCCAAGAGUAAAAAUCCAGAGACAUAAUGAAAUUCAGUCCUUUCUUUCCUUCCUUUGCUGUGGAGAGCUGGAGCUUUUGCACAUCCUACAUCAGUCUUUCUCUUGCUAUCUCACUGUGUAGAGAAAACAUACAGUAAACAUAUCACCAUUAGAAGUUAUAAAGGACACAUUUUGGAACUAUUUACUAAUAUUUAUGAAAGACAUUUGCUGAAAGUGAUAUAAUUUGAUGCAAAAAUGAAAAAAUGAAUGUUGAUAGAAUACAUAGACUUGACAUUAAAUUUUCUUGAUAAUUUUUUUGACAGUGAGAUUAUUGUCUGAAAUUCUUAGGGAAAUCUUUAGUGUCUCAGCUGAAUCUAAUGAAAUUUGUAUUCCAAAAUAUGUAUUCUCUAGUACAGUUUGAACAAUUAAAUAGAGUGAUAAGCAUA